CUGAGCGCGACAUCUACAUGAGGUCGUCGCCGCUAGUAACCUAACGCGGAUUGGGCGGCAAGAGUUUUUUUGUGUGAUAGCCGUUUGUAUAUUUACAAUAGCGGGGCCAGUGCCAUUUUAAAUUUGUGUGACUGAGCCAAGCGUUUGGCCCGAAAAAAGUGUUGUUGGAAAUAAGUGUGGCCCAAUCACUUGUGCCCCGACCUAUUCGAAGUGGAUAAUCAUUUCAGUGGUGUCAUGGCGGCGACUCGGCUCGGCCAAUCAGAGCUACCGUUCCAUUGCGGUUAGGACGCUAUCUUUUCGCCUGCUAUUUCGCGUCGGUGCAUAGAAAUUGCCGCGCUCAUCGAUUUGUUCAGUGCUUGUGUUGUGAUACCUUCAAAACAAAAGUGGGUGUGUAAUUGAAACUCUACGAGUGCUGGAAUUGAACUCCUUAAACUAUUUGCGCCUUUCUGGCUACCUGGUCACGUGACUCCCGUAAAAAAUGGCGCAAAGACCAGACUGUAAACAUGGAUUACGGUUUCGUGUAGUUGUGUCAUUACUAUUUGUAUACAAUGAAGUGUUUGUGUGAACCACGUGCAAAACUGUGAUUAGUGUGUGACAUCGAACCAGCAAGAUGACGGGAAGAGGCACGAAACGGAGGGGGCGGCCCCCAAAAUCCGUCGUAAUGGAAAGGCCAAAGAAGUUUCAGUACCAUCUAAUGAAAAAGCCCAAGUACCUUCUCAACCAGCAAGCCUCUGGUCCAGAAACACCGAGUUCUCAACCAAGUACUCCUACACAAUCCAGAGCAUCUUCUCCUGUCACCCGGGAUAGACGCAAGCGACGCGGCCGAGGCGGUCGAGACAGUUCAAGGAAGGGUCGUGGGGGAGGUUAUGGUUCUCACAGAAGAGGUUAUAACCCUGACGCUAUCCAUGAGAAAGAUUCAGAAUACCACUAUGGUUCUGAUUUCGGUGAUGACUCUAGUGGCAAAAGUGAUGAUGAUGAUGAUCUCAAGACUGAAAGUGAAGAGAGCUUUGAGGGAGACGACCCCUCAAGUGAUAGUGACUUUUCGCUUUCUAGCUUUAGUACUGCGGAUGGAGGUGGACGCAGAUCUUACUAUCAGAGAGCACCCAGUCCAGAGCCAUUGUGGCUGCAAAAUAGAGAAUUACCUCCUUUGGAACUGCCAAAGCCUUCAGAAGAUUUGUUGGUUCAUCGGGAACUUGUCAUGCAUGCUUUAAGCAUUUAUGAAGUUCUCCGACAUUUCAGAGCGCUGGUUCGCCUGUCACCUUUCAGAGUUGAAGACUUUUGUGCUGCAGUAACAUGUGAAGAGCAGAGUAUUCUUCUUGCCGAGAUUCAUAUAACUUUACUGAAAGCAAUUCUUCGGGAGGAAGAUGCUCAGCAGACUCACUUUGGGGCCUUGGAUCAGAAAGAUACUGUUAAUGUUACUCUUUUCUUUGUCGAUGCCAUGACUUGGCCUGAAGUUCUGAGAUCCUAUGUUGAAAGUGACCCCAAUUUUGAUCAGAGUGUGUUAGAGCUGUUAAAUAACUGUGAAUAUCCAUUUACAACGCCAGAGACAAGGUUAAAAGUCCUUCAGUUUCUCACGGAUCAAUUUUUGAUAACAAAUCCUGUCAGAGAGGAUCUACUCAGUGAAGUCAAGUUCCAUUAUGAUGAUCAUUGUCGCAUUUGCCAUCGUCUGGGGGAUCUAUUGUGCUGUGAGACAUGUCCUGCUGUUUUCCAUCUGGAGUGUGUUGAUCCUCCGUUGGGUGAUGUCCCCACUGAAGACUGGCAGUGCAACCUCUGUAAAGCUCAUAGGGUGCCAGGUGUCAUGGAUUGCAUUCCUGAUGUGGAGAAAAAUGGAAAUUUAUGCAGGCAAGAGCAUCUCGGAUUUGAUCGCCAUGGCAGAAAAUACUGGUUUCUUUGCAGAAGAUUAUUUGUAGAAAGUGAAGAUGGUGAAGUAUGGUACUACAGUACACCAACUCAACUUGAUGAACUCAUUGAUACAUUAGAUUCUGCUGAUAUGGAGGCUGCCCUAUGUAGAGAGCUGAGUGAUUUUAGGGAGGAAAUGGUGCGGCAGAUGGAAAUAACUGAAAAACUGACCAGUCAAAGCAAAGGAAACAAAAAAUCCUACUUUGACUAUGACAAUGCACAAAUUGUCAAAGCACAAAAGGAACGUGCUGAAAGAAAGAUUAAAGAAGAAGAAGAGAAAAAGAGACAAGAACAAGAGGAAGAAGAUCGGAGGCGUGAUGGAACUAAUGUUAUGCUUGAUCAUGAAUUACCCUGUGAUGAUGAAACAACCAUCGAGGAAGAAGUAUCUUGCACAUCCCCUGUAUCAAUUGAAACAUCCGAGACAAUCAACAGUAAAAGAACCACAACAACUAAAGAAAGUGAAGACUCGGAACAGAUUACCACCACAGUUACAACCACCAAAACAACCACUACCACUGUAACCAUGUCUAAGGGAGAUGAUAGUGGUCCUGAUAGUGUAAAAAGUGAAGAAAAAGAAGAGGAGGAGGAAACAACUACCCGUCGCAGAGUUUCUGAAAGAGUUACAAGAUCAAAAACUGGUUCCCUUCAACCUCGAACAUUUAAUAUGGAUGAUCUGAAGAGACGGAGUACUGCAAUUACAUCUAAAGAAGAUGAGAAAGAAGGAAUGCUAGAUAAAGAAACUCGCUUAACAAGGCUGAAAGCCCAGCAAAUAGCUACUGGUACAUUCCUUUUCAAAUUGGGAAUGGAGAAUGCUUUUAAAAGCUAUACCAAUCAUUAUGCAACGAAUUCUGCUGCGCUUAAUAAGCCUCAGCGCAAUGAAGAAAGGGACAAAAAAAGACAUCUCUCUCACAAGUUUUCGCUAACACCAGCUGCAGAAUUCAAGUGGAUGGGUGCAACUCAUGGGGCUAGAUCAAUCCUUGUCAACACUCUUCGUCUUACUCUUCUACAACUCGAGUCAAGUAUCCAAGCACCUUUCAUGCACCCUAACUGGUCUUUGAUGAGGAAGCCAUGGGUAGAAACAGUUGGCAAAUGUGUAAAUCCCAAAGAUUUUGCUCGUGUCCUGACAGUUUUAUCAGUUUGUAUCAAGCCAGUUGUGUUUGCAUCUGUCUGGCAUGAACAAUUAGGCCAUAUCAAAUUACAACGAUUCACUGCCAAUGAGAGAGAGGAGCGUAAGAGAAUUGAAAAGAAAGAAAAGAAGGAUAAAGAGGAUGAAGAAGAACGGAAUCGCUUGACUUAUAACUUUGUCAAGUACACCCUUGGGCUAAAACAUGUUGUGUGGAAGCAGAAGGGUGAAGAAUACAGAGUGCAUGGCCAAUGGGGAUGGUUAUGGCUUUCAUCUGCUCGCAAAUUUGUCAUUCAGGACUGCCAUAAAAUGGGUCUUAGAUCAGGCCCUCAGAAAAUCAUUGUGCAAGUGAAAGAUGACAGCAACACGAAAAUACUUCAAGUUGAUCCUAAAACCUACAAAUUUUUGGAAAAGAAAUGGAGAGAUGAAAAAGUGGAAGGUGAUGCAACCUCUGAGGAUGAUUCCUGUGGUUUGACCCCUGCAGCAGCAAAUGCUCUAAGAAAUCUUAAAGUUCUUCCUCCCAUAUCUGAGUUUGAGGAAAUCAACAUAAGUGCUGCCUUAACUUCAACGGCCCGCUUACAUUAUCCAAAAGUUGCCCGCAGGUCCCGUCUAGAUGAACUAUUAGGAAGAAGAACUGCUUUAAAAGUUCUUGAGGAACGGCGUUUGGCACAGCUGGCUAAAGAACCAGGAAAGAGUGAUUCUCCUGAACCAGAUGCUGAAGACAAUGAUGGCAGCGACAUGGAAACUGAUACUUCUCUAGAUGGAAUUUUGCAAGGAAAUUCUGCCAAGCAUAAGGAGCGUGACAGCAACCUAAGUGUUGUAAUGCGCAAAGUUGCUCAUUUGAAACAACAGUAUAGUAACCUCAAUAGUCUGGGAAAGGGUCUUUCUUGCUACUCUCAAGAAUGCAAUGCACAAGCUCCAAAUCAACUUAAUACCAAUAAUCAACUAAUGGCUGCUUGUACAACUUCUUGUUACUCUCCCAUUUGUAUUCAAAAAAUUCGAUUGCGUUGUGAGCUGUUAGCACUCUUAAGGAAAGCAAACGCUGCCAAAGUCAAUGUUGCAAAGAUAGAGCCUGUUAAAGAAGAAGAGCAAAGUGUUGAAGUUAUUAGUGAUGCAAUCAUUAAAGACUUGGAAUCAGCUGUGGCUUCAGCAACUACUUGUGAUGUUGAUUUACAUUCUGUGGCUGGCCCUGUCCAGAAGAAAUCUAAAGAAGAAGUAAAGGCUGAGUCAUCUGUUGAUGUAAAACCAGAAGAUGGAAUUACUGAAGUGAAGACUGAGGAUGGGGAAGUUGAAGUAGAAGAUGUUAUCCCUAAAAAAGAGGACAGUGUGUCUGACGGUAAGGGAUCCAAACUACAAGUUGCUGACACAACUACACCUGAUGGUAAUGAAGCAGAAUCCAAUGUAAAAGCAGAGGAUGAUGUGAAAGUCAAGGAUGAAGAUGAAACCAAGGCAGAAGUUUCUGUUACUACCACAACUACAAGCCAAGUUAUUACCACAAGUCACCAGCAAGUGAAAAUGGUUGGAGGAGUUGUUGAAAGUGUGAAUGUUACCAGUGCACAGACUGUGUCAGAAACAAAUACCACACAAGUUACUUCAACCACACCUGCCACGGGUUCCCUUCUUAAUUCCAUCCUGACAUCUAAAAGAAGGGUUGACCACAGUGCCAUGGCUGUUAGAGCUAACCAAGGAGUAGUUUCAGGAACUGCUACAAGAGCUCACACCUCUGUUCGUCAGACAGUAGUGUCUAGGGAGGAUGAAGGGAAAAUGUAUUCUACAACUACUACAUUUGGAAAAGUGUAUCUUAAAAAGAUAGCAACUGUCCCUGGUGACCGAAGAAAGAAACGAAAUCCUGUAAAAUAUCCAAGUUAUUCUCAUUUUGCUUCUCGUUCAAAGAAGCGCAGUGCCUUGAUUCUAUCGCAACCAGAACUGAAAAAGUUAGCAAGACUGGGAGGAAAGAUGUCAGUUAGUGGAUUCCAUCAUCAGGCAAAGGCCAAUCCGCAGGCCUGGCCUUAUCCCUGUUCGCGUCCUCUCUUCAAAACUUGUUGGCUUUAUCGUACUGUGAAUAUUCGCUCACUUGCUGCUGCUUCCCUUCAACUCCGCACUUUGUGGGCAAGUCUCCGGUGGGAUGACAUGGUGGCUAAGCCUCCUACCAAUGAUGGGAAACAUCAAGUGACAACUGACACUGAAAUUGUGUCCAUGGAAGUCCUCAAACAUAGACAUCUGGGUCAGUUCAUGGACCGUACCCAGUAUUUGAUGAGGAAAGUUGUCAUACCUUUGGAAUUACCAAAGACUGUCAGAGAAGUGACAUCUAUCAGGAGUGGACUUCGCAAGCGUAAGCUAGCUGAAUCUCCUCAAAACACUGAACCUCAAGUCACUGAAGAGUGGCUUGAUGAGGAGAAACUAGAAUUAUGGAACAUCAGGCAGUAUGGAGAAUUACUCGAGCGUCAAGCAACUCAAACUCUUACCCGAGCCCGUUCUGGAGCACUAACAGCUCAGUCUGGCUCCUUGUCUAAAGAUGCUAAUGCACAGAGGUCCGAUUCGCCCCUUAAUGUUGUCAAAGGAAAUCCUGCUGAGAUUAAAGAGAAGAUGGAACAACAGCUGCGAAUGCAGCGAGCUGCCCAUCAGCAAAAGCGUGCUCUGGAAAGUGGUACACAAGUUGUUAAAAUGGCUGGUGGGCAAGUUGUCAAAUUAGUCCCAGCAUCUCAAGCCCAAGGUGCAGAUGGUACUGUGAAAAUGGUGGCCAAGGUUGCUAUACCUGCGACACCUGGAGGUGGUCAGCAAGUCAAAACAGCACUUACAUCUCUCCUGAACAAUGGCACAGGGAAUAAGAAUAUCCUUGGCACAAGGAGAGUAUUCAUGACCAAGAACACUGAUGGAGCUACAAGAGUUAUAUCUGGUCCCACAAGUAUUCUUCCAAAAGCAAAUACUGUGCAGCUUGCUGGUGGUCAGCAGUCUCUUAUCAAGAUUCAACCUCAACCAGGCCAGGCCCAAACUACAGUCCAGAUCCAAGGAUCAGCUACCCCAACAACUACUCAAACAGCAGCUUCACCCCAGACGCCUCAACGAGUCCAAAUUCUGAAACAACCUGACGGCAAGAUUCAAGUCAAGGGUCUGAUGCCAGGUCAACAACUUGUUCAGAUGCCGGAUGGAAAGUUGCAUGUGCUGAACACUGCUGCUCCACCCGGUCAACAAAUCACCACAACUGGUCAGAGAAUUAUUGCAAACUCAGGCCUAGUCCAGAAGACGCCUACAAUUGUGAGAGCCAUUCAGGGCACCCCCCAGACUCCAGCCACUCCAGGAAGUACUGCAACUGCAACCACCACAACCCCUACCACGCCUUCCACGCCCAAGACAAUACCUGGGAAGGCUCAACAAGUUCUGUUGAGACCUGGAGGACAGCUGGGAAAACAACAAAUUGUAAUACAAAACACUGCUGCCGGUCAGCAGUUGUUGGUGUCGAAUGCUAAUCUUGCACAGCAGCUGGCUUCAGGUAAAUUUCAGCUCGCAACUGUUAAUGGUCAGCAAGUGUUGAUCAGGACUCCAAAUCCACCAGUGACUACGAAUACACCAGUUCCUCCACUUGCACCACAGAUGGUGGGUAUGGGGAACGUUGUUCUUCGGGCCGCUGGCUCAGCUGGAGCCCAGGUGCAGCAAGUUGUGCUGAAACAAGGGCAGCUGCUGAUGCCCUCUCCUCAGAGCCAGUUGGUUCCCAAACAAACUGUGCAAGCCGUGCAAGCUGUGAAAGCUGAAGUACCCGCGCCGGAGGCUGUAGAGGAACAAGUAGCUUCUGUGCCAGACACACAAGGGGAGCCAGAAAGUGUUGCUGAAAGUAGCCAGGAGGAAGUGGCAGCUACAGAGCAACCAACCCAACAGCCUGCUCAGCAGCCACCUCCCAUUGUACCACCAUCUCCUGUCAAGACUGAUGAGGAGAAGGAGCGUGAGAUUGAGCGGUCCUUAAUGGCUGGACAGCCUCCUGGAACUGUUAUCAAGUGUAUCACUGCUCAGGUGAUAAACACUGGCCAGGGCCCGCGCAUUGUGCUCCAGGGAGUCCAGGGAACAGAGUUCACACAGCAGCAAUUGGCAUUAGUUCAGCAUCAAGUUAAACAACAAUUACUUCAAGCGCAAGCCCAAGGCAACAAAGCUAGUGUUCUUGGACCUACCAAAAUCUACUUGGCUGUGCAACCUCCGAAGAAUGCAGCACCUGCCACACCAACUCAAACUCCAACACCUGCUUUGGCAGCUGCAGCUCAGUCACCUCGAAAAUUAAUAAAGCCUGCCGAAGGUCAGGUUGCAGGACAACAGGCGGUGCAUUCGCUGCAAGUGAACAACCGACAAGUUUUGGUUAAUGGCCAGCCUCAAACGCAACAAGAUCCUGAAGGUGGGUUGGCUUCCCCCACGCCAGAACAGGCUGUAGGUGCUACAGCUGCUGACAAAUUCGUUGUCACACCAGACUACAUUCAGCAAACAAUCCGUAGUGCUCUUAAACAAGAGAACCUUAACCCAGAAAUUGAAGAAAAACUACUACAGCUGCAGCGCUUCCAAGAGAAACUUGGCAAACAAGAUACUGCUGCCCCUGUUGCACCCACACCCCCACCGCCUCCUAGCAGGCCUCCAGCUAAGAAGAGACCAGCUCCUCAACCUACUCCUCAGCCGGUAGCCCAGCAUGUGCAACACUUUGAAACUCCUCCACCUCCAAAACGUAGUAAGGCAACCAAAGUUGCAGUGGAGCCCAAACCUGAGCCAGAAGAAAAAAUUGAAAAACACGAGCGCACUCCAGUUAGUACCAAAUCGAAAAAAGAAAAGGGCAAAGAAGCCGCUGACGAGCGUCGCCGAGUUGCUGUCAACACCAAACUUCAAGUCAUUCUUUUCCGCCAUAAAGAAUUACUCAAAAAAGACAUUCUCAAGAAACGUGCCUUAUUAGAGAAAGAAAUGCAGAUUGAGAUUCAGCAAGAUUUGUCCAUGGAGCUUGCAGCGCGCACCAAAGCCGAGCGGAGCAAGCAGGACGAGGUCCGCGGCGCCAGCAACGCGCCGGGCGGCAGUGCGCGCCGCAAGUCGCAGGCCACCGCGGCGACCGUGCUCACCACGGGCUCCCCCACGGUGGUCGGCGGUCCCGGCCGCAGCAGGAAGCAGUCGCGCGGCGAGGGCCGCCCGCCGGGGCCCGGUGGUCCCCACCGGGGCGACGACCAGUCCCCGCCCAGCCGCGGGGGCGGGUCCCGCCGCAAGGAGAAGCUCUACUGCCUCUGCAGGACGCCGUACGACGAGACCAAGUUCUACGUGGGCUGCGACCUGUGCAACAACUGGUUCCACGGCGACUGCGUGGGCAUCACCGAGGAGAUGAGCAAGACGCUGUCCGAGUUUGUGUGCACCGAGUGUCGACACGCUCGAGACACGCAGGAGCUUUAUUGCCUCUGCAAGCAGCCGUAUGAUGAAUCUCAGUUCUACAUUUGCUGUGACCGCUGUCAGGACUGGUUCCACGGAAGAUGUGUGGGAAUUUUACAGUCGGAAGCAGAUAACAUUGAUGAGUACACCUGCCCCAACUGUCAGAAAAGCUCUGCCAUUAACAAUGCCAACAUGAAAAAUUUGUCAAAUAAGGAUUAUGAUGCUCUACGUAAACUGUACAAACAGCUUCAGAGUCACAAGAGUGCAUGGCCUUUCAUGGAACCUGUAGACCCUAAUGAGGCUCCUGACUAUUACAAAGUCAUCAAAGAACCUAUGGAUCUUCAAACCAUUGAACUUAGAAUAAACGAGCGCUCAUACCAGAAACUGAGUGAAUUUAUUGGUGAUAUGACAAAGAUUUUUGACAACUGUAGAUAUUACAAUCCUAAAGAAUCGCCAUUUUACAAGUGUGCAGAGUCCCUCGAAGCUUACUUUGUACAAAAAAUCAAGGGCCUUAGAGAUAAGUUGUAAAGUUUAGUGUGCACAUUAAGAAGUUGACCCCAUUUAUUAUCUUCUGUUGACAUAAAAUGUUGUUAAUUAAUGACUGUAUGCGUGAGUUUGGCACGUGUGUGUUGGUACAAAGUGCUAGGAUAAUAUCCUAAUAAAGUCUUUUUUUAUAAAUUUGUAAAGUAGUAUUUUGAUAAGAUUUUUAUUUUUACAUAUUGAUUGGAAUGAAUUUGUGUUCAAUUGGAGUAGUGUAUGUGUGUGUGUGUAUUUAUCUUUUGGUGUGGGCUGUUCCCCACUAGCUUUUAUUUGUCUUGGUCAACAUUUUAUGUCAAUGGGGGCAAUGUAAGAUUAUCAUGUUUUAAUGAAAUCAAGUUGAUGAAAUGCCAUGUUUCUUUCUCCUAUGUUUGACAUGCAUCACCCAAGAUUUGUUAUAAUGUAUUCUAUUUUCAUAUGAACACUUAUGAAAGAUGUUGCCUUUUGGGAAUUGUACAUAGCCAUUGAUCUAACUUAUUUUAUGAACAUAGGGAAAUAAUUGUUCAUAGUAUUUUAAAGUUUGCUUGGAGGGUUGACUUGUAGUUUUGAAUUUCAAUUGAUGUCAAUGUUGCCCAAUGAAUAUUUAGCUCUCCAAUCAUGUGCAUUGGUUUUAUGACAUUUUGUCCCAGUCAGUUCCUUAGAAAAACUCUGAAUUUAGUUUUGGUGUACCAUAUAGGAUAAUAGUGUACAGGAAUUAAUUUUAUAUUAUUAAGCACUGGAAUGUAAGCAGCUUUGUUCUAAUUAUCGAGUCUUAACCUCAUUCUCUCAAUGUUCUGUUAAUAUCAAUUUCAAGACAUAGGUACUACACUUUUCUUUUGGGAAUUAUUUUGUUUUGGAUUGUGUUACCUUCUGUAGUAAUCCUGUUGUAUCCCAGGUUGCAUUAUUUUGUAAAUACUGGCUUGUUAGUUAUACUUUUAUGUCUUACUUACUUUUCCUGUACACGAGUGAACAUACUCAGUUGCUCCAUAUUGGUUCUUGUAUUCUUUCCAUGAUUUCAAUAGUGUGUAAUAAUUAAAUUGUAUGCCAUGUUUUGUAAAUUGUAAUUAGAAUCUGUAGUUAUGCACUUGAAAGGCUCUCAUUCUUCUAGUUAAUAUUAAAAGCUAUUUUAAAUUUUA